UGACAAACUCUAUCCAUGGCUUGCAUAUACUACCGAUGUGAGUGUUUGCGUAGUUGGAUUGCGCAGAGGAAAAGUGGAACUUGCCGCACUCUGUACUGCUAAGCUGCAUUCCAAAUGGCACCCUGUUCCCUAUAUGGUCCACAACUUUUGACCAGGCCCCAUAGAGCUCUGGUCAAAGUAGUACAUUAUAUAUGGAAUAGGCUGGCGUUUGGGACGCACACUAGUCUGCUACUGCAAGUGAGUGGGGGAGUCAUGUUCGUGGCUCGGCAUUCAAGGCUCAACUUCUCUGCUUAGAUUUGACAGCUUGUGGCUGCUGCAGGAACACCAGUCCUGUUCCAGUUCCCCUUUCUGGGCCCUUCUCCCAUGCAGGAGACCCACAUGGGCUAAGAAGGUCUGGGUCGGGACCACAGGAACAGCCUGACCAGUAAUUUCCUGCUACUCACAGGUCCGGAGACUGCAGAGAGCCAAGAUGCACGGCUGCCGGAAGAAAACCAGGGUGCUGUGUGUGAUGAUGAUGCUCAACGUCUUCGUCUUCAUCCUCGUGGGCGUGUCUCGGAACCUGGGCCAGGACAAGGGGGACCAGCGGAAGCUGCGCAUUCCCUCCAAGAGGUUCUGGAGGAAGCAGAUGACCAGCGAGAUCUUUUGGAAUAAGGAGCAGCAGAGGCUGGACUACAUCUACAACCCCAUCCUCAUGCCGGGUUUGACCAAUGACUCCCUCCUGGAGCUACCUGAUUGGCUCAACGACACCAGGUCCCCGGACCCCUGCAAACCGGACUACAGCGUCACCACCCAGGUGAAGGACUACAACUCCCUGCCACCCCGCUUCCAGGACUUCCUGCUGCACAUGCGCUGCCGCUCGUAUCCGAUGAUCAUGGACCAACCACGCGUGUGCGAGAGCAAACCCUACCUCCUGUUGGCUGUCAAGUCCCUGGCGCCUCACUUCGACCGGCGGCAGGCCAUCCGGGAGUCGUGGGGGCGGGUGGGCGUUCUGGCCAAUCGGACUGUAGCCACGGUCUUCCUCCUUGGCAAUGCCUCGGCAGUCGACCACUUCCCCAACCUGUUUGGGAUGCUCAGUCAUGAGGCCAGACUUUACGGGGACCUCCUCCAGUGGGACUACCGAGACUCCUUCUUCAACCUCACCCUCAAAGAGGUGCUAUUCCUGGACUGGUUCAGCCAGCGUUGCCCCGACGCCCGCUUUGUCUUCAAGGGGGAUGACGACGUCUUCGUCAACACCUGGAGGAUCUUAGACUUCCUCCACAAUCUUCCAGAGAUCAGGGCCAGGGAUCUGUUCAUAGGGGACGUAAUCACCAACGCCGGCCCGCACCGGGACAAGAAGCUCAAGUACUUCAUCCCAGAGAGUGUAUUUAUGGGGCCAUACCCGCCUUACGCCGGGGGAGGAGGGUUCCUGUACUCUGGGGAACUGGCACUGCAGUUGCACAACAUCUCCCAGCAGGUGGCACUGUAUCCUAUUGAUGAUGUCUACACAGGAAUGUGUCUCCAGAAGCUGGGCUUGGUCCCGGAGAAGCACAAGGGCUUCAGGACGUUUGACAUUGACGAGAAAUACAGGGGCAACCCGUGCGCGUAUAAGAGCUUAAUGCUCGUGCACAGCAGGACACCGCAGGAGAUGAUCAAAAUCUGGGCCUGGCUCAGCGAUCCGGAAUUGGACUGUCAGUGAGACAUCUACAUCAUCCCAUAUUCCACCCUAUUCCCUACACAGGGCACUAUUUUUGACCAGAGACCUAUGCACCCUGGUCUAAAGUAGUGUACUAUAUAGGGAAUAGGGGUGCCAUUUGGCAUGCAUCCAAUGGGUCUUUGAGAAAUUUGUUUGAUGUGUUCUAAGGGAAAUCCUCGAGGUUCGGUAGCAAUGUUGCGUUCACGUGCUAGUCUGACUUGCUAACUAGUUGUAGUUAUACACAUGCCGCGUUCAACCAGUUAACAAGUCGAACAUUUUUGAGUUUCCUAGGUCCGACAAGCACGUCACAAGUCAGUGUGUUCCAGCUUCAAUAGAAUCAGCUGAUAUAUCCCAAGCAUUCCAAAGUAUUUUUUACAUGAACAACCAUUCAUGUACACUUUCCAAGACAGUGUUCGGCAAAUGUAGUAUCAUUAAUAUAAAUGUACUACUACUGUAUGUACUAUACAGGCACUAUUGCAUGCGAGGUCCUUCAUUUGCAAGAAAUAUAAUUUGUCACAAUAACAGUCAUGUGAAAAUCACCUACGAUUUGGGGGGGGGGGGGGAUCCAUAUCACAAGAAAGUUCUCUACUGCUUAACCUGUUUUUCCAGAUGGUUACACCAUCAAUGGAUCUGACGUUCCUUUGCACUUGAUUCUAGAAACAAACUAUUUAUGUUAUUUGAAAGAUUGCUGGUUUAUUAUAACUCUUAAAAGCUGGAAACCGUAGCGGUGAAUCUACCACGCCCGUUUGUGCGAUAUUAUAACAACAAAGAAUUUACUUAAAACAACAAACAUUGUUUUUUUGAACAUCAUUACACACACGAUAGGACAGCAGAGUAUACUGAGUGUACCAAACAUUAAGGACACCUUCCUAAUAUUGAGUUGGACCACCUUUUGCCCUCAGAACAGCUUCAAUUCGCCGGGGGAUGGACUCUACGAGGUGUUUAAAGUGUUCCACAGGGAUGCUGGCCCAUGUUGACUCCAAUGCUUCCCACAGUUGUGUCAAGUUGGCUGGAUGUCC